CCUUCUUUUCGGAGUGUUCUGUUAAAAAACUACGUAAUUUAUGUCUUAAUUAUAAAUAUAACGACUACCUACCUAGGUAUAUAAAUUAGUUCAAACUAUGUUAAUAAUUGUUAUACCGAGUACUGGCAUAGUGACAUACUGUUGCUAAGUUUAUACUAAAAUUACUGUAUAAGAUAGUAUUAAAUUGUUAACAACCCUCUUUUAUUUUUCUCACCUAAAAUAAAUUAUCUUACAAUUAUUAUUGUUGAUAUUAAAUCUAUUUCAAAGACUAAACCUACAAAUACAAAACAUUAUUCUGUAUAAGUAGAUAUCAAAUUUUAAUAUUUAUCUUUAUAAAUUUAAAAUUGUAAUAUAUUAUUUCAGUUAUACAGCAUAAUAUUAAUAAGACUUGAAAUGUAUUGCUCCACCCCUAUUGUAAAAUGAAUAAUGGCAACAAUAAAAAUGCCACUAUUCACUCUUCAUUGUUCAAUUUAUCAUCCCUCUAAAUCAAAGCUUUUACAUUUCACUGUUAUUUACGUUGCAUUAAUUCAACAUUACACUUUGUGAACUCAUUGUAAACUGUAUAGUUACUUUCAACAUUGGUAUUGAACAACAUGGCAUCAAAUAAUCAAUUUGUAACAUUUAAUAAUGGUCAAGAGUAUCCAAUUUUAGGAUUUGGAACUUGGAAGUCGAAACCUGGCGAAGUUGAAGAAGCAGUGAAAGUUGCAAUUGAUACAGGUUACAGACAUUUUGAUUGUGCAAUGUUUUAUGGAAAUGAAAAAGAAAUAGGAGAUGCUAUUAAUCAGAAAAUUGAUGAAGGUGCAGUAGUUCGUGAAGAUUUGUUCAUUACUAGUAAAUUAUGGAAUAUUUUUCAUCAACCUAAUAUUGUCGAAAGUGUGUUAAAAAAAACUUUAUCAGAUUUACAAGUUGAAUAUUUAGAUUUAUACUUGAUUCACUGGCCUAUGGCUUUCAAAGAGGGCGGAUUAAAUGAUGAUUUCAUUCCAAAAGACGAUGAUGGUGCCACAAUUGAAGGUAAUGGUUCAUAUAUUGAUACAUGGAAAGCAAUGGAAGAAUUGGUAGAAAAUGGCCUAACCAAAUCAAUAGGUGUAUCAAAUUUUAAUAAAAGACAAAUUCAAGAAAUAUUAGAUGUAGCUACCGUGAAACCUGUAAACAAUCAAGUUGAAUGCCAUCCUUAUUUAACCCAAAAAAAAUUAAAAGAGUUUUGUGACGAAAACGGUAUAAUAUUAACUGCAUAUAGUCCACUAGGAAGUCCAGAUAACCCAUGGAAAAAACCCGAAGACCCGACUCUCUUAGAAGAUCCGAAAAUUAUGGAAAUCGCAGACAAAUAUAAUAAGACUUCAGCUCAGAUAUUAAUAAAAUACCAAAUUCAGAGAGGAAUUAUGGUUAUUCCAAAAUCUGUAACUAAGAAUCGUAUUGAAUCCAACUUUGAGGUAUGGGACUUUGAACUUGAACAAGAGGAUAUCGAUCAAAUUGAUACAUUCGAUUGCAAUGGUCGUUUUGUGCACAUGAAGGGGAACAUGCAUUUUAAGGAUUAUCCAUUCAUUGAUGAAUAUUGAAUUAAUUAGAUGUACAAUGGACACGAUUACAUAUUUUUAUCACCAUAUAAAUAUAAUUAAUAAUGUAUUUAAAUACUUUCUAAUAUAAUCUUCCUUGAUAUACUCAUAUAAAAAAAAAAAUAAC